AUGUCGACAAUUCUCUACAACGCAAGCUCGAGCUUGGUGCCCAAGUUCCAGAGACACAACGUGCUGAGGCAGCAGCGUGAUGCAACGCCUGGGUUGUCUUCAUCGCUUCAUGACGAAGGCAUCGACAGACCUUCUUCUAACGGACAGGACGAUACACCGUUCAAGAGCGGCUUUGCGAAGAAUUCAGAUGGCUAUUUACAGGAACUAUGCUGCUCAGUGUAUCCUACUUCUCUGCAUCAACGAAUACGUAAGCUGGAUUCGAUGGCAGAUCUCCCGUUGCAAGCGUUGAUGUCGCUCGUGUGGCAGAAUUUUGUGACAUCGUGGUAUGGCGUCAAGAUCCCGACUUGCGACGAUCUUUUCAUGGCCCAAUUGUUCGACUUGACUCAACUAAUCGCUGGCCGUUUGAAAUCUACCGACCUGGAGUGCGAGCCUUUCAUUGCCGAUGACCUGCCGUCUGUCCUAUCGGAACACAUCCAAGCAAUGAGGGCUUGUGUGCGCGAGGAUGAUGCGUUCUAUCGCUAUUGCCAGUUAACCUCGUUCGAGGAGGGAUACUACCCUCAAGUGCUGACAAACUACGUGCUAGCAACUGUCCCUGCAGGCUCGAGCCUGCAGACGACUUUUCUGCAGGCGCUGUUCAACGAACUGCUGAUGGGGAAGAUAAUGGACAGAGUAUCCGAGCCCUAUUUUGCUCUUUCCGCUAUCAGCAAGCUAUGCCGUAAAUUGGAGGCCAGAAGACGAAGAAAAGAUAAACAACCGAAAGCUGGGCCAGUGGAUAGGAUCAAAAAGUGGAUCGCGGCUGCCGGUAGGACAAUUGCACUCAUGACUUCCAUGGACAAAUCAGCAAAAAAGGCUCUCGAGCUACCGCUCGCGUAUACGAACGUAUUCACUCUCAUCUUCGUGGACCUGCUGAAGCUGCCUGGCAGAAAACCCUACUUGUACGCGGUUGGAAAGACCCUACAAUACUGGUCAGCCAAGUCCAGGUCUGUUGAUGCUGUGUUCCAAAACCUGUUCUUCAAUCUCAUCAAACAAUGCGUGUCAAUGGAGACGAAUAUGCAUCGCCUGCUUAUAUUGCUGAGAGAAGGAUUAUUUCCUGAGGACAACAAAAUAGGCACGGGAACAGUUAUACCCGAAGGCGAUGAGUUCGAAGAUUUUAAGCGCACUUGUGCUGACGACCUGUGGCAAGCCGUCCACGCCUACAGACUGGAUUCUGUCCUUGGCGUCGAAGAAAAAGACGUGACAGAGAUCAUCGAGAUAAUUUGCAGGGACAAACGAUGCAAUAAACUUCUAGCCUUUAGGAUAAUAGACGCUCUACUGGCCCGCACGAGUUACCUUUCCGCCUAA